AUGUCCGCUGGAGCGACACGUCGUGAAAAAAGAGAGCAACCAAAAGCCAAAGAUAAUGAGAUACAGAAAGAGCAGAGUGUGAUCCUCCAGUGGGAAGCUCUGCCGCCGCAGCUCAUCCAGGAGCUGCUGAGCAAGAGUCUGGACCAGCUCCAGAGUGAAGUAAAGGAGAUUCUGGGCUUCAGGAAGUACCAGAUCUCUAUGAAAGAAGCUGCCCUGCUGGAUUACUAUGUCUGUGCUUUGUGGUGGGCCAAAGAGGCCGGCUUCAGCCCCACGCAGAUCUCCUUCACCAUGGCUGUGCUGCACAGGCUGCUGGAGAACAUCAGAGAGAAACAGAUGGGUUUAGUGGAGAACGUGAUGGAGUUCACUAAAGCCUUAAGUGCUGCCAGCCAGUGCUCUGCUGCAGAGAAAGACACCACUCCACUGCUGGACAGAGAGGACGCCACAGCGCUCAUAUAUUACAUUACAAACAGCCUGUUUCAGAAAUACAGAAUCUACGAGCUGCUCUUCACCACAUCCAGAGAGGAGCUACUGACGGGCACACGGAGGACAGUGGAGGUGUUGGGCUGUCAGGAUGCUCUCACUCCCCUGGAGGAAGGCAUCCCCACUCACCUCUUCCUCCAGGAAAACAGCUGUGGGACAGAGAAAUGAAAAGGUGAUGAUGGACAGAUGGAUGGACAGACAGCCUCAGUGUGAGCUGGGACUUGUGAUUCCUCUGUUGUCCACAGCAGGGCGUCAUCUGUCUGUGCAAUCACACAGUACAUAAAUAGUCCGUGUCAUGUUUGUCCUCAGUUUUGCUUUGUUUCUGUAUCAUUCACACAACCCAUGUUU